CAAUAUUAUAAGUGGGAAAUGGGUGUAGAAUUUUGAAAGCUAGCAAAGCAGCCAAACUCAGUGUGUGGCUCAGAUCUCAAACGCUGCAAAUUUACUCCUACAGAGAAUGAAAGAAAACAAGAUGGGUCAGUCAGAGAAGUAGCUCAAUCCAGUGAGUGCAAAGAAUAUGGAAACCCCACUUCGACUCACUACGCUCUUCCUUCUUCUCUUUCUUAUCAUUUCCUUCUUUAAAGCCCCUUCAGUAGCAGAAGCAGCAGCUGGUCCAAAGCACAGGCCGGGUUUUCUCUAUACCAGAACCAGAGGAAGAUGCACCCCACAGUUCUGGAGCAGCAGGAGGGAGGCGUGGCCAAGGAUGGUCCCACAGACAUCGACGGUUUCAAAUGUGUUCGGUUCGAUAGCUUACGAACGGUUCAGAUACGAUCUGACGUUGAUGGAGGCAACGGCGAGGAACGACGAUGAUAACGUGUUCCCUAGGCUGCUGAAGCAAGCUAGCGCUGCUCUGCUCAACUCGUAUGCGAGGAAGGGAUUUCCGUACACGGCUUGGGAGGUGAAGACUCUGGUGAUUCAGGCUCUGGUCUCCGAGGAAGCGGCGGCCCUUCAAGCCCAACGAUUCUCCAUCGUCAAUCAGGCCUGUAACUAAUGGGCCCCCCACUCGGUUUUUGUUUUGUUUUGCGUGUCCUCGUCUCGUUGGGUACGGUGUUUUGUAAUAAGAUAUGAAAAUUGAAAAUUUGGAUUAACUACUUUUUGUGCUAGCUAGGACUCAUUCAGCUGGAUUUCAUGAAUGAUACCUCAUCCUAAUUAGCUGCUUUGAAUUAUUUUUAUUUAUAUUAAUGGCAUGCCUCAGUUAUUAUA